UCCUGAUAUUAACAGAAUAUGCUGCAGAGAGUUCUUGGUUUCAUGCGUAAACCCUAAACUCGAACCUUUUCUGUGGAUUGCUCAAAUGGAUGACGCUCAAGAAAUAGAGGAUAAAACAUCUGAAGCAACUUCUGAUGAUGAUGCAUCGCAAACGAAACAGGAAACUCGUGAUGAAAUGCUUGCUAGGCACAGGAAAGAGAUAUCACAACUGCAGAACAAGGAAAUUGAACUGAAAAAGGCAGCAGCCAAAGGUAGCAAAGCUGAACAGAAAGCUAAGAAGAAGCAGGUGGAGGAAGAUAUCUCUCAACGUUCUACUAAGCUUAAAGAAAAACAGGCUGAAGAACUUGCUUCAUUAGGCUAUGUCAGUAAUGAUGGAGGUGGAAAGAGCAACAUUGACAAUUUGGUGAAAGCCAUAGCUGGGGUUUCUGUUACAAGUCAACCUGACCAAUCAAAGCCCAGCAAGGGUGCAAAGAGGCGAGGGAAAAGAGCUCAGCAAGAAGCAGAAAGAGAGCAAAGAAUUCAGGAAGAGCAGAGCAACAUUGUGAGUGAACGAAUGAUUGAAAAUGAGAAAUUGGAAAAAAAGCUUGAACCCCUUGGUUUGACUGUUAACGAAAUAAAGCCGGAUGGCCACUGCCUCUACCGAGCUGUUGAGGACCAGUUAGCCCUCUUAUCUGGUGGUUUAUCUCCUUAUAUGUACCAAGAGCUUCGAGAAAUGGUGGCUACUUAUAUGAGGACACAUUCGUCGGAUUUCCUCCCAUUUUUCCUUUCAGAUAAUGUGAUAGAAGAUGAUUCCAAUAAUUCACUUGCAGAGAGAUUUGAGAAUUACUGUAAAGAAGUGGAGUCAACAGCGGCAUGGGGAGGACAACUAGAACUUGGUGCUUUAACUCACUGCCUUAGAAAACAUAUCAUGAUAUUUUCAGGGUCAUUCCCUGAUGUUGAGAUGGGGAAGGAGUACAAAUCUGAUGGUGGAAAUGGUUCAUCAAAAUCAAGCAUCAAGCUAUCAUACCAUAAGCAUGCAUUUGGGCUUGGUGAGCACUACAAUUCUGUGGUCCCAAUUUGAUCAAGUAGGUAUGCUUCGGAUUAUGAGUAUAAAUCAAUUGAAAUACGAGAGGUACUGCACUUUGUAGGAAAUAUGUGAUCUCAAAGACUCCUUUCAUAGGAUUGUUGCUCUAAGUGAAACUACAGAAAAUUUAAUUGAACUCGUGUGGUUGGAGUAUCUUA